CACCAAGCUGUUUGCACAUCAAGCGGAAGGCUGAUCGAUGAACUCACAUCCGGGAGUGGGACAGAAAAGUUCGAAGCGAAGGAAUGAGCGUGCCUUUCAUUGUCAUCACUUGCAGAACAUGUCCAAACGAUAUUGCAACACUUCGUUUUCCCUCUUAGUCUUGCGUUAUUCUCUCUCAAUCAUCUGCUUGGUUAAUAUAUAGACUUUUUAACAGUCCACUUUUCAUGCAGGAUGGCGAUUAAAUGUUUGAUGUUUGUCAUUUUCUUUGCCGUUAUCGUGCGAUCCAUCGACUAUAACGAACAACCCUACGACCAGGAUGAUGAAGUGGACCUGGACGACGAAUACGAACACGAGUCGGUGAUCUACUGGCCAUCAUCAUCGCCAUCGAUGACGCCCGUGGAUGCAGCUGAAGUGUGUGAUUUCCAAAAAUGGCGGAAAUUUGUCAACUGCAGUGAACGAAAUCUCACCGCAGUUCCUUAUAAUAUUCCACCCGAAACAGAAACUCUUUAUCUGGGCUUCAAUCUGCUUUAUCGGCUGCGAAAUGAUAGUUUCGCCAAUCUUACCCAGUUAAGGGAGCUGUAUGUCGAUUCGUCUGAGCUUACUGAUGUUGAGAGUUUGGCGUUUGACGGUCUAUGUGAUUUAGAGGUGCUCGACCUGUCCGGGAACUCGCUUUCCAGUCUACCGGACAAUCUGUUCGUCACAAACACCAAAUUGACCGAGCUCAAUCUAGGUCACAACCGUUUCGACACGAUUCCCUGCAAGACCCUUCUGCCCUUAAAACGUCUGAGUAAGCUUUUGCUAUUUUUAAAUAAUAUUAAUUUGCCAUACUGCGAACGGUUUCCAAAUCUUACGAACGGGUCCAUCGUCAGCCUGAGUAGAAACAACAUUCUCGUAAUGAGGCAGGUAAAUUUUCAGUUUUUGGAAAAUAGUACACUGUCUAGCUUGUUUCUUGGAGGAAAUAACAUUGUAUUGGUCGAUUACAGAGCAGUGAUUUUUUUAAAAGUUCAAGCAUUGGAUAUGAGUUAUAAUCCUUUGAGUGAAGUUGGGAUUGCAAGUUUAUUUUACGGUAUGCGGAAGAACGAUAUGCUGCGAUCGAUAGAGCUUCGUGCUUCUUUGAUGAAUUCAAAAGAUCCAACAAAUUUCAUAUUUCUCAAAAAUAAAACGAUAGAUUACUUUGGGGCUUCUGCAAAUGAGUUUACCUCCAUACCCCCCUGGACAAUACUUCUUAAUGGUGUGCGGAACAUGUCAUUGGCUGAUAAUUCCAUCUAUCACAUUGGCACCACAGCAUUUCGCGAAAUGACUGCACUCGAGGAGGUUAACCUGGAAAACAAUCAGAUAUUAGAGCUCCAAUCAUUGACUCAUAAUACUCGCUGGAAUGUCACUCGACUGCACACUUUAAAACUGGCGAAAAACCGAUUGGAUAAUAUUCCAGCGAACGUUUUUCUCGGCUUGGAGAAUUUGACCUCACUUGACCUGCACUCGAAUCCAAUCACGUAUUUGAACAUCAAGGCAUUGAAUGGCUUGCACCGACUCGAAAAGUUGGAUCUGUCUCAAACAAAAGUGGGUAGUAUUUUACAUGGAACGUUUCAGUUCGUCCCAAAUAUAAGGAGUCUUAAUUUUCGGAACGCAGACCUGCGUCUAGCCCUGCCUGGGAACUUCCUUACUGAUCUACGGUACCUGGAAAGCAUCGAUUUGUCUGGAAAUAGUAUCCAGUCCGGAGAUUUGUGGAAUGAUUAUUAUCAAGUUUCUAUGUUCUCCCAAAAUACGCAUCUGAGAGAAAUUCGGCUCGACGACAAUCCGAAAAUUAUUAACAUUCCCGAAAAAACGUUUGAGAACCUAACCUCUCUGUUAUUUCUAUCUUUCAAUGGUUGUGGAUUACAGUCAAUCAAAGCGAACCUUUUCACCGAUUUGAUCAAUUUAACCUCGCUAUCAUUUGACAUGAACAGUAUUUCUGAUUUGCCUACAAAUUUGUUAUGGAAUCUUAAACAUUUGGAAACGUUUUCCGCAGCUGGGAAUUCACUGACAUCACUCGGUAGUGCUAUUUUCAAAAACACAAUAUCACUCCGGUACAUUACUCUUCCGAACAAUGCGAUAACAUUUAUAGCAGGCGACUCCAUGUCGCAUCUGUCCGAGCUGAGAACGUUAGAUCUCCAAGGAAACCCGUUAGCGUGCACAUGCGCAUUAGAGCCCUUCUCUGAUUGGUUGAAAGUCACGAAUGCCUCGUUGAUCGGUGAAAGGCGCACUCUUUGUUCACCUGCUUCGUUUGAAGAUGUCGUUGGAGAACGCAUUGCCGAUUUCGAACCAGCUUCCUACUGUGGACCCAACAUCGCUUUAAUCAUAAGCCUCCCCUCGCUCCUUAUCGUAAUCAUAGUCUGUAUGGGUUUGUCAGUUCACUACAGAUAUUGGAUCCGAUAUAGAUUGUUCAUGCUAAAGCUGUCGUUGUUCGGAUACAGACUAUACAAAGCGCGUGAUGCCGACGACUACGAGUAUCACACCAACGUCAUGUUCGCCGCCGACGAUCAGCCGUGGGUCGACGACUACCUCAAACCUGUUAUCGGGGACCAUUUCCCGGAGAAAGAUCUCCAUACCGACAUGGUCUUUGGAGAUGAAGAUUUGAUCCCCGGCAUGUACUAUUUGGACGCGGUCCACUACUCCGUCGUUCACAGUUACAAGACGGUGCUUCUUCUCAGCAACGCGUCUAUUCGAGAUGAAUGGUUUACAACAAAGUUUCGCCUAGCGCUUGAACACGUGAACGAAACGCAAGUCGAGAAGGUGAUCAUCGUAUUCUUGGAGCAUAUCGAAGACAAAGAUCUUCCAUUUCUAGUUCGAGUGUUCUUGAGUAAGAAUAAGCCUUACUUGAGGUGGACAGACGACGAAGCAGGGCGGGAAUAUUUCAAAGAACAGCUGCUCAAAUCUCUAGAAGUCAAUAUGCUGUGUGAUAACACGAUUCCAGUGUAAAUUGAAGAGAAAAAAGGAAACAUACAGUAAAUCAAAACGUUAAACAUUUUUACCGGAACAGGGGGAAAUGCGGUACACUGUACACAGACUAUGUGUAUAUUAAAAUAUAAAAGUAAAAUGCUCUACUAGUAUUUAAUGUAAAAGUACAGAGUAACGUCCCGUUUACCAAAUUCGUAAAGUACUUUGAUAGACAGUGCUUUCCAACUCAACUUCAGUACUUUGAUGAUAUUUUAUUUAUAACUUAAUAGAACUUAGCGUGAUUGUACGGCCACGUAUAGAUCGACGGCAGGGGCGU